UGUGGAUGUGGGGUGUCUUCCAGCUUGAGAAGCUCGUGGCACUGGGGAUUAGUUUCAAAUCUGUUGCGUCCAACGCUUGAUGGUGGAGUCCCUCCUUCAAAUCCGGAUAAGUGUCGACUCUCUAUCGAAAUGAAUUCGCUCUUUAACCCCUUCUUCAAGGUCAAGCACCUCAAGGAGCUGAGAGAGGAGGAGCGUGAGGAAUUCUUUGAUUCCUUUAACUUGGUUUUCUGCGAUUGCGAUGGUGUGAUUUGGUACCCCCUGCGGGACUUUAUACCCGGCUCGGCCGCGGCCCUGGCCCACCUGGAGUUUCGUGGCAAGCAGGUGACCUUUGUGACCAACAACAGCAUUAGUUCCAUGAAGGAGCACAUCGAGAAGUUCGCCCAACAGGGACAUCUGAAGAUUGACGCGCACCAAAUUGUGCAUCCUGCCCAAACCAUUUGCGAUCACCUGAAGUCUAUCAAGUUCGAGGGACUCAUUUACUGCCUGGCCACGCCGCCAUUUAGGCAACUCCUUAAAGAGGCAGGCUUUCGGCUGACUGAAGAGAGUGGCCCUGGUAUCAUCAGGAGCCUCAAGGAUCUGCAUGAGGCUAUCUAUGGCGGAGAACCCGUGGCGGCUGUCGUCAUCGAUGUGGACUUUAACCUGUCGGCAGCCAAGAUGAUGCGUGCCCAUGUCCAGCUGCAGAAUCCCAAGUGCCUGUUUCUGGCCGGAGCUGCUGAUGCCCUGAUACCCUUCGGCCAGGGCGAUAUAAUAGGACCAGGACCUUUUAUUGAUGUGGUUACCCAAUCCGUUGGCCGUCAGCCAAUUACAUUGGGCAAGCCGGGAGAGGAUCUGCGCCAGCUGCUCCUGCAACGUCACCCGGAUGUACCGCCGAAUCGCGUUCUCUUUGUGGGCGACAGCCUGGCCAGCGAUAUUGGAUUUGCCCGAGCCAGUGGCUACCAGACCCUGUUGGUCCUAACCGGCGGCACGCGGCUGGAGGAUGUGCAGCGGCUUCCGGCUGGCCAUCCCCAGGUACCGGACUAUUUGGCCGAUUGCCUAGGGGAUAUAUGUGGCGCUGAUAAUCGCUAA